CGCGCCAGCGGUUAGUUUGCUGCCAGCCUUCGUGUGCGGCUGACGUUUGUGUGUUCCCGCUUUGAAUAAACGAAACGCGAGUGACUGACCGCGAGGCAACGUGUGCUGGUGUAUGAUCAAGUGUUGUGCAGUGUGUGCUGUGGCCUGUUUGUUUUAUAUUUGUGUGUUUAAAGACGAUGACCGCGUGUGUCUGACGCGGGGAUGUAUCCAAGCGCGGGCGCAAUGAAUGCCGCCGCAGCCGCUGCUGCCGUGGCGGCCGCGAGGCAUCCGGGUCCGCCGCAGCCCGGCCAGCCUAUCAAGUUCACAGUGGCUGAAUCCUGCGACAGAAUAAAGGAAGAAUUUAAUUUUUUACAAGCACAAUAUCACAAUUUAAAAUUAGAAUGCGAAAAGCUGGCUAGUGAAAAAAUCGAAAUACAGAGGCAUUAUGUUAUGUACUAUGAAAUGUCAUAUGGACUCAAUGUGGAAAUGCACAAACAGACGGAGAUCGCUAAAAGACUGAACGCAAUAAUAGCUCAGAUCCUGCCAUUCCUGUCGCAAGAACACCAACAGCAGGUUGCAUCCGCUGUGGAACGAGCGAAACAGGUUACCAUGACAGAACUUAAUGCAAUCAUUGGGCAACAACGACCAGAUCUGCCACGGUUACUGCAACAAAUGCACGCGGCGCACCUGCCGGCGCACGGCGCGCCGCCGCUGCCGCUGCUAGGCCAGGGCGCGCUUCCCCCAGCGGGCCUGCUCGGUCUCGGCGUGCCGCACCAUCCACUAUCAGUCUUAGCUAAACCACCUGAAAUUCACAGACCUGAUGACAAGGGAAACGGUAUCAGUUCAGCGGAAGAAAGACAUAGAAAUUCCAUAUCGCCGGGCGAGCGGGAGAAAUACAGAACGCGAAGCCCCGCUGAACCGGAACACAAAAAACUCAAAAAGGAGGAAAAGGAUAUGGGCCAUGAAUUAGUAGUAGACGACGCAAGCGAAGAGCCUACGUCACCACACAACGGUGCUCCCUCACCAAGAGAAAAUGGACUGGACAAAUUGCAGCCUAAGAAAGAACACCCGCCACACAGUCCGAGAUCAGGGACAUCGAGCAAUGCAUCCACACCAUCGGCGAAAAAGUUAGACGAAAAGCCGAGUACGCCGAUUUCUAAACCCGUAACACCGACCUCAGCGAGCGGAGCGAGUGCAGCACCACUCAAAGGCGCUGUCAAACCUCCCGCGCUGCAGUACCCUUACCUCGGCAACGGCGCACACGACGCCUACGGCCUAGCGGGAUACUCCGCGCGAGCGGCCCUCGCCUAUGAACCCCUGCGCGCGCCCAUUGGACCCUCCGCACUCGCGCCCAUACCUGGAGGCAAACCCGCGUACUCGUUCCACGUGUCCGCGGAAGGACAAAUGCAGCCGGUGCCGUUCCCACCGGACGUGUGCUUCAGCUGUUGUUCAGACGGCAACAUCGCGGUGUGGGACUUACACAACCAGACGUUGGUGCGCCAGUUCCAAGGUCACACGGACGGCGCCUCCUGCAUAGACAUCUCUGCUGACGGCACCAAACUGUGGACUGGCGGGCUCGAUAAUACUGUCAGAUCAUGGGACCUAAGAGAAGGCAGACAACUACAGCAACACGAUUUCAGUUCACAGAUAUUCUCACUUGGCUACUGUCCUACAGGCGAGUGGCUGGCAGUGGGCAUGGAGAACAGCAACGUGGAAGUACUGCACGCGGUGAAGCCGGACAAGUACCAGCUUCAUCUGCACGAGUCGUGUGUGCUCUCGCUGCGCUUUGCCUCCUGCGGCAAGUGGUUCGUCUCCACCGGCAAGGACAACCUGCUCAACGCCUGGCGCACGCCGUACGGCGCCAGCAUAUUCCAGUCAAAGGAAUCAUCAUCUGUGCUGAGCUGCGACAUAUCGUCAGACGACAAGUACAUAGUGACGGGCUCCGGCGACAAGAAGGCCACCGUGUACGAGGUGAUCUACUAACGCGGGGGCGGGGGCGGAGCGCGGCCGGUGAUAUAGCUCUAGUGUACAGACCUGGGAGAGCCUGUUGUACUUAUGCGACUUGUUUAUAUAGAUUAGUGUGCGCGGUUUAUGUUUAUUUGUUGAGCGCCCGUAGUGCAUGUUGGCUGCAGAUCUCAAAACUGACGAUUACGUUUCAAUAUUGUUGUAUAAUGCUCGUAUUAAAAAGAUAUGCGCAAACUA